AAAUAGUGUGUGCUUGUUCUGGAUUACAUUUUUCGGACUUGUGAAUUUUGGUUGCAUUUGGUCAUCUGCGAGUUCGCGAGCACGAUAGCGCUCCCGGAUUGAAAGCUCUAUCUUUGUCUUGAUACCGAGCAUAGGAGCAGCAAAACCAUUUCAGUCCGCCAGCCAACCAACGGCGACUUGCCGGCCGCCGCCGCCGCCGCCAUGCUCCACCUUCAGAUGCACCCUCUCCCGCUGCCCCGCGCCGCCCCCCACCCUACCACGGCCACGCUCUCCUACUCUCUCCACCGCCGCCUCGCUCUCUCCGCCUCCGCCUCCACCACCCCAUUCUCAACCGAGGAGUACCUCGUCGCCACCUGCGGUCUCACCCGAGCCCAGGCGCUCAAGGCGUCCAAGAAGCUCUGCCACCUCAAGUCCGCCUCCAACCCAGACGCCGUGCUCGCCCUCCUCUCCGGCGUCGGCCUCUCCCGCCCGGACAUCGCCGCCGUCGUCGCCGCCGACCCGCUGCUCCUCCGGUCCAGGGUGGACAACGUCGCCCCCCGCCUCUCUGCCCUCCGCGACCGCCUCGGCCUCUCUGCGCCCGAGAUCGCCAGCUUCCUCCUGGUGGGCGCCACGGCCCUCCGCUCCUGCGACAUCACGCCCAAGCUCGAGUUCUGGAUCCCCUUCUUUGGCUCCUUGGGCAAGCUCCUCCAGACCAUGAAGAGGAACAGGUCCAUCCUGACCACCGAUCUGGAGAAGGUCGCCAAGCCCAACAUUGCGCUGCUGGAGCAGUGCGGGCUAAGUGUUUGUGAUAUUGUCAAGCUGUCGACGCCCUGUUCUAGGCUGCUAGUGUUCAACCCAGAGCGGGUGAAGGCGUUUGUGCUGCGCGCCAAGAAGCUUGGCGUGCCCCGCUCCUCGUAUAUAUUCAAGUACGCGGUGGGUGUCGCGUGUUCUAUCACGGAAGACAAGGUCGCCGCAAGGAUGGAGUUCUUGAGGAGCACUCUUGGUUGCUCCAUGGACAAGGUGCGUGUUGCGGUUCGCAACAAGCCACACAUUCUAGGAAUAUCCGAGGAGAAACUCCGUCUCAAGAUAGAGUUCAUGGUCGAUGAGGUUGGUUUGGAUCCAGACUACAUUGUUGAGAGGCCCAUGCUGUUUACCUACAGCCUGGAGAAGCGGAUGAAACCCCGGUAUUAUGUCGCAAAGAUCCUGCAGGCUAAGGGACUGAUGAAGAAAAGUGUCGGCUUCCGGCGAGUAGUUGGCUAUGGUGAGGAUAAUUUCAUUCCAACAUACAUCGACAGUCAUCAGAACAAUGUUCCUGGGCUUGCAAAUGCUUAUGCAGCAGCUUGUGCUGGGGAAAUGCUACUGAUGUCCAGCUUUGAAUGCAGACAUUGAAGGUUCAUCAUAUAUCUUAGGCUCAUAACUAGCAUGGAACAUUGAGCCCUAAUACACAUUAGUGAGUACUCAUUCAUGGUAAUGCCUUUUCAAAGCAUGAUUGUAGCUCAAGAAAUCAUGAUUUUAGCCGCAGAACUAUGGCAAUCUGAUUGCUCGUGAUGCUAUCCAUGUUUCAGUUGUGAAUUUCUGUGAAGCAACUUUAUUGUCUCAGUUUUGCUGCCCUACA